AUGGCCAGCUCGGCUACCCUGGAGCCAGUCCUGCCCACCUGCCUGGAAGGGAGAACCGGGGCGUCCAGCACCCCCAAGAGCCUGGCCUUCUCCAUAGAGAGGAUCAUGGCCAAGUCCUCGGAGCCCAAACCUGCCUUCUUCGAGCAGAGCCGAGCGCUGGCCGACGCCGACGCCAAGAAGCUGCUGAACUUGUGCUCCCCCAUCCCGUGCAUGAUCCCCGUGCAGUCCCUGGGCUAUGAUGUCCACUCCAAGUCCCUACUCAACUACUCGGAGAUCUGGAAGAGCACCAUGAGGGCCCCAGUCUGCGGCUCCCCCGGCUUGUGCAAACCCAGCUGUGCCAUGUGCUGCAAGAACGACCUGACCCUGGGACCGGCUGUGGUGGCCAACAGCAGGGUGAUCAAACCUCAGGUCAUCAACCAGGCGGUGGGCAUGCCAGGCGCUAAUGCCCCCCUCUACUACUUCAACUACCUGGACUCUACCUACAGCCCCUCCGACCUCUUCAUCCCCUCCAGCGUUCUCAACGCUCAGUCCCAGGCGUCUCUCAGCGCCCACCAGAAACUCUACCUGCUGGAAAACGCCAAACUCUCCGGACUGUCCCCAGAAAAGUUCCCCAUGGCCCAGUACCCGCACAAGGAGAGGCUGCCUGGCCAGCUGGACCAGGUGAUGAAGGAGAACACUGUGGACAGGAACCCCAAAAGUCACCCCAAACUUGGAGCCAACCCUUUAGAUGGCAAGCCCAAAAUCUUCACCUGUGAAGUCUGUGGCAAGGUCUUCAAUGCCCAUUACAACCUCACCAGGCAUAUGCCAGUACACACCGGGGCCAGACCAUUCGUGUGCAAAGUCUGUGGCAAGGGAUUCAGACAGGCCAGCACCCUGUGCAGACACAAGAUCAUCCACACGCAAGAGAAACCUCACAAGUGCAAUCAAUGUGGCAAAGCGUUUAACAGAAGUUCCACUUUAAACACCCACAUCAGAAUCCAUGCAGGAUAUAAACCAUUUGUGUGUGAAUUCUGUGGCAAAGGAUUUCACCAAAAAGGGAAUUACAAAAAUCACAAGCUGACCCACAGUGGAGAGAAGCAAUACAAAUGCACCAUCUGCAACAAGGCUUUUCAUCAGAUCUAUAAUUUAACAUUUCACAUGCACACGCACAAUGACAAGAAACCUUUUACUUGUGGGACCUGUGGAAAAGGGUUCUGUAGGAAUUUUGACUUAAAGAAACAUGUGAGAAAACUUCAUGACAAUGUUUCCACAGCUUGUUCUAUGAAAGACAUUUCCAGGACUGCAGUUCAGAGCUAA